AUGAGUUAGAAUAAAUCCCUUUAAGAUUUUGAGAGGGAUCAUGGAAAAACUAAUGAUCUAAAGUCUAUAAGAAACUCUAAAUGUUUAUUCUAUGAUAAAGAUAAUAGUUAAAUAAUUUACAAAUUGGAAAUGAAUCAAUCUAAAUCUCCUUAAUGGUAAGCAUAAAUUGAAAAAGAAAUUGAACUUCAAAAUAAAUUAGCCUCAAAUUUCAAAUAAUAUCUCAAAAUUAUUGACCAUGCUUAUUAAGUAAUUGAAUAGAAUUAAAUUAUCUAUAUGACAAUAUAAACUAGAGAAGGAAAUAAUAAUAAUAUAUUUUCCUUUGAAGAAAUCAAUGACAAUAUAGAUAAAUUCAUGAAAUUCAAAAAUAUUUUCUAACAUAUGAGUGAUAUGGAGAAGAAUAAUCCAAAAAUAUUUUACCUUCAAAAUAAAAAUAUAUUCUAUUAAGGAAAUUAACUUUAUUUAACGAUUUUUGGAUGUAUUUAAGACUAUAAACUCUCAAUUGAUAGUAAUUUAAAUCUGAAGGAACUUGAAGAAUUAACAAAUAAAGUUAAUCUUAUUAAUUACAAAGAUGAAAAAAAUAAGGAAAAAUAACACAAAAUUUAAAAGUAUAGGGAGGAUAUUUGUAUCUUAUUUUAGUUUAGUAUUUUGAAAAUUGAAAAUAAGGAAAUCUCUAUACAUGAAAUUAAUAAUAAGUGUAAGGAAGAUAAAGAAUUAAAAAAUAUAGCUCAAAUACUAAUAGACUAUAUUUUUAAAGAUAUUUCAAUUGAAUAAGUCAAUUUAAGUCUUAAAUAGAGUGAUGAAAGUGAACAAAUUUAUUAAACAGUAUUAGAAAAUUGGAAAAAAUUACAAAUGUAAUUACAAUCAAAAUUAGAAUAGCAUGAUCUAGAACUUUUUAAAUUAGGACUUGAUUUAAUACUUCUCAAAGAAUUAUAAAAUAAAUAAUUACAAAUUUAUAUUUCAAUCUAAAAAGAAAUUUAUGAAAAUGGUAAUCGUAAUGAUAAUGGUAAUGGUGAAGAUAAAGAUAAAGAUAAAAAUAAAAAUAAAAAUAAAUAUAAUGGUAAUGUAUAGGAAAAAGCAAAAUAAUUUAUUUUAUAAGCUGAGCAUAGAUAAUAAGCAAUUAAUUUAAUGUAAAACUAAAAUAAAGAUCCUCACCCAAAUUUAAUUUAUUUUCUUAAUGAAAAAGAAUUAAAUUAGUUAAAAGAUGAUAAAAAUUUAUUAAAGCUAUUUAUUUAAGAAGAUUAACAUAUUUCUGCUAAUAUUAAUAAAUAUCUUGAAUUGUUGUAGAAAAUCUCCUCUUUUGCUUUGGAUUAAUAAGUUAUUAAUAAUGAACAAUUACAAUUAAUACCUGCUGAAAAUUUAAAAACCAGUCAAAAUAAUAAAAUUAAAGAAUUAUGGAAAUUGAAAGAAUUAGAAAAGCAGAUGAAAACUCAUGGAGUAGAGCGUUUUGAAUUUGAAAAACCUUUGGAUGCUAGAUAUUUUUAUGAAAAGUUUUUACUUGCAAUAAACAAUAAUAACCCUAAUGAAAAUCCACUUGAUUAUAAAUUAACAUUUCAAUAAUUUACAUUAUUAAAUGAAAUAAGAAAAAAAAAUAUCAAGAUAGUAUUUUGA